UAACUGAUGAAACAGAAAAGGUGACAGAAAUCCCCACGACGGCGGCGGAAAGCGUUGGUUUUCAUUUAGCGUCGAACUGGACAGUCCGGCGAUAUGCGUUUGUUAAGAAUAGGAACAUCCACAUAUUUCGAUAGCAGUGUAAAUGUACAGGCUAACGUAUACUCGCCAAAUUGUCGUUUGAAUUCUUCACUUGGAAUUUUCGCAACACAUCUGCACAUUCUCACUGUCCGUCCGGUUAACUUAUAAUUGUACCAGAGCAAUUCCUUUGAACUGUAUACAUAGACCCUCUGCCUCACGACUAAUCCUUUAUGAUAUUGCCUUGACCUCUUUUCCAAGUCAUCGAUGCUCGCUUGCGGCGAGGGACCUCAACCGUCAGUGGAUAAAUCCCUCACCCACUCUCCACCCCACCAUCUACCACACGAAGUGCCUCAUCAACCUCCUCGCCGAGACGGGUAACGCACCCUUUGUACGUAACUCUGCGCGCAUGUUGCGGUCCUUUCGUAUUUUAUCGAAAGCUCUCUUGUUUAGUGCUGUUUUUGCUUUGUCUGACGCUCUUUGACAGUUGCUCUCGAUGUUUCAAGACGUCGGAAGGACUGUCGUCUGAAGCAUCCGUUGUCUUAUCAUUGGAACACGAUCAGGCAUGAGAAAGGAGUUAGUGCAGUAGAUGCUGCGAAAGUCUGCGUUACUAUACACAGGUUCACAACCAAGUCACCGAUGCUGCACCAACUCCCUAGGGCACGCAGUGCACACGCGAUGGUCGAACCGGCACCGACUCUGAAGCCGAGUCUGUUACCUCCUCAGGGCAGCGUGACGCGUACUAGCUUUUUCUAAACCUGCAGUGCGUGACCGAUCUCAUGAAAUGUUGGCCAGAAUUCCGAAAUGCGUUUCCGAUUAGGAAGAAUUACUGAAGUGGGGCUGUAAUACUGAUUAUCUUACAGCAUAACCCUAUAAUAUUUCCGACUCGCCAAGAUGUCGGCUUUUGAGUGCACUUUUUUGACCUCCUGCGGGAAUCGCGGUCGGUAAGAAAUGACUACUUAUGUAGCAUGCAUUUUUUCAAUGGAUUUUCGAUGGUCUUAUAAAUUUAAAUAUAUUUUUUUAGAGAACAUGCACAAAAAUAUGCUUUAUUUUGCUCAUUUGAUAGUAAAUCACGUCGUCUUAACAUUUCAUGCUUAAAGAGGGGAUACAUUUAGGUUUUGAAAAAAAAUUCCAAUUCCCGAAUAAGUUUCAGCCUGAUCUGCCAUUGCAUCCGGGUUAAGCAAUUCCAGUCUACAAGGUGCAUGCUUUCCGCGUAAGGAAAAUCAUAUAGUCCUAUUUGCUUUUAAGAAGAUACAACAUAGAGUCCGUGAAAUUUUCCGAUGGCUCCUGAAUGUGUUGCACAUUUCAUGAGGAGUAUUAGUAAACUGACAUGUUCGGUCUUGUGUUUAUGGACAUCGCGUGGUCUUAUAAACCUCAUAAUAAGAGACUUUUUAAAACCUAAAUAUACACUUUCUUCGGGCAUAAAAUAUGGAAACAAUUUGAUUUACUACCAAAUGAGUAGAAGAAAGCAUAUUUUGUGCAUGUCUUCUAUAAAAUAUAUUUUACUCUAUAAAACCAUCGAAAAUCAAUGAUAAAAAUUUCUGCUACUUAAGUAGUCAUUUUCUGCCGAGUGUGGUUUUUGCAGGAGGUCAAAAAGAAGUGCAUUCAAAAGCCGACAUCCUGGCAAGUCCGAAAUUUUAUAGGGUUAUGCUGCAUCAUAAUCGUCAGCCUCGUCGAAUUUGACUGUGUGGCCGGAUCUCGUUGAAUGAGCCGCAACUUGAGAGCUGGCGUCGUUCCUUGUGCUCGUCUGUCCUAUUGACCCUGCACGAACUGAUUCGCGCCUUGUGCAGAGCGCCUGAUAUGAUAGAUGCAGAUAUGUGGCUCGGUUAAUUGUGCCAUUCGAGGACCAAAUUUUGAACAUCAGUCUGAGCAUCUGCUUAUUGGUCCGGUCGAUCAGCCUACUUUCCGGUUCUGCUGCUGUAUGUAGCCAUAGGCGAGAGACAGUUUGUCCUUGCGGUUGAUUGCAAGUCAGUGUUCGUGCAUUCUUAUGCCAAUGCGUUUUUCCGACUCGCCUUCAUACCUUGUUUCACAGUUUUGGCAUGAUAUGCUGUUAACCACCGCCAAUCAUUCUACCACUGGUACUGGGUCUUUGACAAUUACUUGUGGUAGAACUGACCUAUAUGGCUUCAUAAGCAGGACAAUGGAAGAUGCACCACCUGUAGUACAGGCGACUUUGGACCGACUUUCAGUGAAAUGAAAGUUAGGGUUGGGUUGAGGUCUGGUUUUAAGGCUAGCUUUAAAGCUAGCGGUAAGGCAUGUCAGGAUCAAACUUAGAAUUUAAGAUAGCGACUAGUGUUAAUUGCAAGUUUAAGGUUAAGGGUAGGGUUAGUGACAAGACUAGAGUAACGGGUUAGUUUUAUAUUAGGAUUAUUCUUGGAAUUAGGACACGGGAAUAUUUUGCUCUUUCCGUAGAUAUGCGCAGCUCCACCUUUAUUGUUUGGGCGGGCGUACCUAUUCUCAUGCCCUGUUAAUGAAGUCGCACAAGUCAGUUCAUCUGAAUUGCCUUCUCUAAAGAAACCGAACCAGAUAUAUAAUUGAAAAGCACAAUACAGACAUCGUCUCAAAUUAUUGACUGGGCUUAGCGUCAUGUCAUCUAAACCGGCCUUUCCAGAUCCGACCCGCAUUUGUAUGCAAGAAUUCGGGUUGGAACCUGUCAGCCUCAGCCGAAAGAUCACGUAGUGAAGUCUGAGUAAUCAUUCACCCUAUAGAGACACGCUUUUUGCCGAUUUCCUGCGGACGACGCAUAAAGCAACUGCGGUGAAAGGGCUAACCAGUAGAUCGCCUGCGUUCCAAUGUGAUUUAGGUAUGCACUCCAGCUCUCGCUACGACGGUUGCAAAUGCCUGCAAAAUUAAUAUUGAAUCUGCAGUUAGCUGUCUCAAUGCACAUGCUUCGCUUUGACCACAAAUUCGUCCCCGAAAACCGUACUUACUUGGCCAAAAUAAGACAUAUUCUUUCCCGUUUCAUAUGCGUUAAUAAAGCAACCGUCCACAAGUGCUUGGGUUUUAUUAAUAUUCUCGAGGAAAUUGAUAAACAAAGGAAUUAUCUUUAUAAAACUUCUUCAUGCUCCCAGACGCUGUUGCCCCCUCCAUUUCGUCUGCACAUCUGCGAGGACGUUGGUUGCAUGUCCAACCUAUAUAUGCAAUCAGAAUCUCCCAAAUGAUUUUCUGUGUGUUUUGCUUGCUUGAUGAUAUCGCGAGAAACCGUGCCAACCGAAAUAAAAAUAAACACGUGCGAGCAAUCUUGGUAUGUUAUGCCGAAUGCCACGACUCUGCUUUUUAGACAUAUUGAGAGCAGCUUGGUCUGGCUACAGGAAUUCUUGAGCUGCUCGAGGCAUGCACCCCCCGAAUCAGCUGCAUAAAUCGGCGCGCCGACCUGCCUCCCGACUGCAACUCGCAGCACACUCAAGACUAGAUACAAUGACUUGGACUUCAGCCAUGGACAGACGCAGUUAACAGACCAUGAGGCACUACAAGGUCCUCGCUGAGGAACUUACGUGCAUGUACGAAAGCCAAGACGGGCUAUCUAGGGGACUGAUGUCCUAUCAUUUCAUAAAGAGCCUCCAAUUCUCGUCGUCGUCCAUAUAAGUUAUCUGCAUAUGAUCCGGCUGCGAUCAUGCCUAAUCUAGACGCGGAAUCAGUAACCACUCGUCACAAUCACUGCGCACACCCGGUGAUCUGUGGUGGUAGAUCCGGUUAGCACAAAGAACCUCUUCGGAAGUGCGAGUCGAAUACCGGGAAGAAAAUAAUUACCAUAACGAACCGUGUUGAGCUCGAUUAUGCGGUCAUCGUUCUCAACGCUGCUUCCGCUGACGGAAUGGUGUUGUAUUUAAGACAACCGCGCUAGGCUGACUUAGACAACCGAGUGUGCCUAAAUCAGCUACCCUUAUUAGUGGUUUGGCUUCUUCUGGCAUUGUUGUUUCAGUGGAUGCAGAUCGUCUCGUCGAAGAUGCUCACUUUUUCAUCUUCCCUGCUGUAGAGGAGGACUGUACCCUCGAACACCCAAUUCAUAUCGGUCUGUGAAUAAAUCGGACACUCAGCAAGCUACUAUCGCUGUUUCCGGAUCGUCUCGUUUGAGGAAGUGUGUAACACUCGAAGGUCAUCGAAGAUGCUCAUUUUUUCAUAUUCCCUGCUGUGGAGGAGGACUGUACCCUCGGACACCCAAUACAUAUAGGUCUGUGAAUAAAUCGAACACUCAGCAAGCUAGUGUGGGUGUUUUCGAACACAUGGUCAUAUAUACUCCCAGGGGAGAAAAAGGUUGAUUGACAUUUUAAGUUGUCUAAUCAAUAAAAGACGCAGUCUACCUGUCAGCCGUGAAUAACUCGCUUCUAACUGACUUCGUCAUUUUAUGCGAAAAUUUCCAGUGCAGCUUUAAUAAUAAUUGACACCCGUUACCUGAUGCCUCGCUUAUUUUUUUAGGACGUCAUCUAUGUACAGAGGGUGUAGUGCACUUUACUGUUGCUUAUGUGCUUUUGAUAGAUUUACAUCGACUGUCAUGGGCACUCACGCCAAAAGGACGUCUUCCUGUAUGGUUGUGAUCCUCGUGAGUCCUGGAAGUCAUCCGACUACAGGCACUCAAAGUCUGAGUCUCCUGAUGAGCCCAUAGACGAAUCGUUCCUCGAAUUGGCCGACGUCCUCGAUAAGAUCGCUCCGCCUUUCUCCAGAAGUGCAUGUGGGUAA